GGCGGGUCUUCCUUUGGGAGCGUGCUGCCCAAAAGGGGGUGGAGGUGUGGCGCACGUGUAGAAAAGGGAGAGCAAGUUGCUUUACCCUCAAAUCAUUCGCUGAACAGGUGAAUCGCUUCUUGCGAGCCACGCGAAAGGCACGAGAGCGGCGCAUUACUCGCAAACUCCCCAUCUAUUUAUCUAUUUAUUUCCCGCGACAUGGAGGCAGCUGUCAUCGCUACGACGCAAAUGACUCAACAUGUGUUUUACCAGCCUUUUUCGGAGACCCUCGUACCUCAAGCGAAGCAGGACAGGGAGUGUAAAGUGCUGAAGAGACAGCGCUCGAGCAGCCCAGAGCUGCUCAGGUGCAAGAGGAGACUGACCUUCAACGGACUCGGCUAUACCAUCCCUCAGCAGCAGCCCAUGGCGGUGGCCAGACGCAACGAGCGCGAAAGAAACCGCGUCAAGCAGGUGAACAUGGGCUUCCAGACGCUGCGCCAGCAUGUGCCCAACGGAGCGGCGAACAAGAAGAUGAGCAAAGUGGAGACGCUGCGCUCGGCGGUGGAGUACAUCCGAGCGCUUCAGCAGCUGCUGGACGAGCACGACGCCGUGUCUGCCGUGUUGCAGUGCGGCGUCCCGUCUCCGUCGGUCUCCAACGCGUACUCGGCGGGCUCGGAGUCUCCUCAUUCAGCUUAUUCCUCUGAUGAGGGCAGCUACGAGCAUCUCAGCUCUGAGGAGCAAGAGCUGCUGGACUUCACCACAUGGUUCGACAGAUAUGAAUCAGGUGCUUCACUCUCUACUAAAGAUUGGUGCUGAAGGGAUCGGUCCAGGUCGGUGAUACGCUGCCUUCUGGUGCUUAUAAAGGACUUGAGUUCAUUGAUUGAGCACUGGACACACAGACGGCAUUGUCCAGCAAUGCACACAGAUGCAACACUCUCAAGUUUCCAAAUGUUAGAACUGCACAGGACUUGAGGCGUAUGAGGAAGUCUUUUCUGCUGACUUGUGUCUUGUCAUCCCACAUUCAACAUUUGCCCUGUUGAU